AUGGGUACAAAUUCUGAUGUAUCAAACCUGUCUCCGGCGAAACGUGCAAUUGUAAUCGGCAUGGACGGUGCCAGCAUGGAACUGGUCAAAAAUGUGAUUGAUUGGGGACACGCACCGAAUAUGGGGCAGUUGCUAGAGCAAGGGGUUUUUCGACCGAUGAUCGGCGUUUUUCCAACCCUAACCCCACCGGGGUGGACCGCACUCAGUACCGGUUCGUGGCCCGGCACCCACCGGGUGAUGGAUUUUAAUAUCCGUGCUUUGGGGGAGCGGCUGGAUCAGACCAUCUGGGGCAUCAAUACGAGACUGUGUCAAUCCGAAUACCUCUGGAAUCUAGUGGAGCGCGCCGGACGAAAACCGAUCCUUGUCAAAUGGGAGAUGUCUUGGCCCCCCACCGUGACCACCGGCAUCCAAGUGGAAGGGAACGGGACCGGGUGUAUCAAACCACCAUCAGGUUGCAGGCUAUCACCUUUUCGUCAGUGGAAAAGUGGACGCCCCGUCCGAUUGGUGGGAGAACGAGAUCCAGAGACGUUGGAUCCAAGUGGAUUACAGACAUUUGGCCCCUCAGAAGGCUAUACCGUUCCCGACGAAAUUGCGCGGGAGAUUGAUCAGGAAAUCGGUACUUUCCUUCAGAACCCCGGUCGGGAUGCGUUGGGCGUGAUAGACGAUGACACCUACUUUGAAUCGUUGGAAUACCAUCACCAACGGCUUGCCGAUGUCGCAACGCAUUUAACGAAGACGCGCGAAUGGGAUGUCCUGAUGGUGGAAACCCACGCGCCAGAUUACACAAGCCACUUCUUCCUGAGUCAAGCGGACGAGGUGAGCGGUGCACCUCCCGAAACAAUUCAACGCUGUCGAGAUGGUGUCAUUCGCACUUACGCUUCGGUAGAUCGGAUGAUUGGACGCGUGAUGGAACUUGCGGACGAUGACACGGUUAUCCUUGUCUGCUCAGAUCACGGCGGGACACCGAACCAAUUUCGUUCGGUAGACAUCACCCAAGUGCUGGAAGAGGCGGGCUUCAUCGUCUACAAGGAGGGAACACGAGAGAUUGAUUGGUCGAAGACCCGUGCCGUCGACGUUGGCUUGGUGCACAUCUUCAUCAACCUCAAAGGGCGUGAACCCGAUGGGAUUGUUGACCCCGCCGAUUACGAGGCGACACAGCGUGAAAUCAUCGCUGCCCUUCACGCCUAUAAAGAUUCAGAGACCGGUAGGCAUCCGUUCACGCUCGCACUGACGCACGCGGACGCUGAGAUGGUGAAUCUUACGAGUAACCUCGUAGGGGAUGUAGUUUAUGCCUUACGCCCGGAGUUUGAUGGUGCACACGGCAAGCAACUGCCCUCCGUCAGCUUUGGUAUCGCUGGGCAGCACUCGACGUUCAUUCUGUCCGGUGCGGGCGUCCGUCAAGGUGUAGCACUCCAGCGGCAGGUACGGGUAAUUGAUGUUGCACCAACGCUCUGCCACUUGUUGGCUCUCCCCACGCCCCGGAACGUCGAAGGCGGUGUUGUAUAUGAAGCCUUAGAGGAUCCGGAUUGGCACCUGAACGCUCUUGAAGCAUUAACGAAGGGUUAA